AUGAUUCGAAGUCAACUACGGAUCAUUAGAAGCAUAACGAGAACGAUGUCUACUCCAUCUGAAGCAGUGCCAAAAUCCGGUGGUAAAUUGCAGUUUACCUUGAAGACCCCUAAGGGUACCAAGGACUGGGCUGAAAAGGAUAUGGUUAUCAGAGAGGCCAUUUUUAGUCAAUUGUCGUCUUUGUUCAAGAGACACGGUGGUAUUACAUUGGAUACACCUGUCUUCGAACUACGUGAGAUCCUAGCUGGUAAGUACGGUGAGGAUUCCAAGUUAAUUUAUAACUUGGAAGAUCAAGGUGGUGAACUAUGUUCUUUGCGUUAUGACUUGACCGUUCCAUUUGCUAGAUAUGUUGCCAUGAACAAUGUUCAAUCCAUUAAGAGAUACCACAUUGCCAAGGUUUAUAGAAGAGAUCAACCUGCCAUGACAAAGGGCCGUAUGAGAGAAUUCUACCAAUGUGACUUUGAUGUUGCAGGCACUUACGAAUCGAUGGUUCCAGAUGCAGAAAUCUUGUCCAUUCUUGUUGAAGGUUUAACUUCCUUAGGUAUUAAAGACUUCAAGGUUAAGAUGAACCAUAGAAAGAUUUUGGAUGGUAUCUUCCAGAUCGCUGGUGUCAAGGAUGAAGAUGUCAGAAAGAUUUCUUCUGCUGUCGACAAACUAGACAAAUCCCCAUGGGAAGUUGUGAAGAAGGAAAUUACCAUUGAAAAGGGUCAAACUGAAGAAACUGCAAACAUCAUUGGCGAGUACGUUAAGUUGAACGGAUCUUUAGAAACUAUUCAUGACAUUUUAUCCAAAGAUAAGGCCUUCCAAGCUAACGAAAAGGCUGUUGAAGGUUUGAAAGAAAUUGAAACUCUUAUUUCCUAUGUUAAAGCCUUUGGUAUCCAAGACUACAUCUCAUUCGAUUUGUCUUUAGCAAGAGGUUUGGAUUACUACACCGGUAUUAUCUAUGAAGCUGUUACAGCAGCUUCUGCCCCACCAAAGAACGCCUCUGAAUUGAAGGAAAAAUCCAAGAAGCAAAAGAAGGACGAUGAUGAUGCUUCUGAAUAUGUCGGGGUCGGUUCUAUCGCAGCUGGUGGUCGUUACGAUAACUUAGUCAAUAUGUUCGGUGAAGCCUCUGGUAAGAAAUCUACCUCUAUCCCAUGUGUGGGUAUCUCCUUCGGUGUGGAGAGAAUCUUUUCCUUAAUCAAGCAAAGAGUAGAACAAAGCAAUAACGUCAGACCUACGGCUACACAAGUGUUCGUUAUGGCUUUUGGUGGUGGUAAAGACUGGACAGGUUAUUUGCCAGAAAGAAUGAAGGUUGCAAAAAUGCUAUGGGAAAAUGGUAUUGAAGCAGAAUAUGUUUACAAAUCAAAGGCUAACCCAAGAAAACAAUUUGAUGCUGCAGAAAAAUCAGGCUGUCCAUUAGCUGUCAUUCUAGGUAAGGAAGAAUACCUUGAAAACAAGCUACGUGUUAAAAGAUUAGGUCCCGAAUUCGCCAAUGACGACGGUGAACUAAUCGAUGCAGCUGACUUAAUCAGUGUUGUCAAAGAAAAGCUAUCACAGGUCCAUGAAAAUGGUGUUGACGAAGUCACUCGUUUGAUCAAGGGAUUGUAA